CGCAUUUAGAAAUAUACUUACAGUCAACUGAAACUAGUUGACGACAUAAGUUCUAGCAUUCGCUUCUUUGAAACAGAUCACGAGUGCAAAUCAAAAAAUUCAAAUAAGGAAUUAAAAAAAAAAAGAAAUAAAUACUUAGAUAAAAGUAUUUAAAAAAAGUUCGCAUAUCAACGUGAAUUAAAAAAGUUUAUUAGUGUUUUUUUUUUAUAUAAAAAUAUGUAAUAGUGAUUGGUAGCUUAUAAAUUUAUCUGGAUAGCUCCACCAACCAGAUAUUUUUUUUACAUAUACUUAACGUAUUUUUUACGAAUUAUCUGGCCUAUAACUUUAUUGGGUACUUGAGUAUACGCUGGAAGUGAAAUAGCCUCUAAAAAUAUUGAUAUUUUAUCCCAACGAUCUGUGUAAAAAUUGGAUCUUAAUUAAUUAUAACAUAGAUUUGUUAAGUGUUAAGAAGACAAAAAAGGAAGAUGGCGCCUGCAUGUUUCCAAAAGGUUUUGUCAGUACUGCGCAAGUAUGUGCUAAAGCUGAAGGCCUUCGAUCUCUUUCUCCAAGGAACUUACCUGCUCACGUUGUUCUUGGAGACCAAUGUGUAUCUACUAAUGCGUAGAGAUGCUAGAGCAGGGUACCAUUCUACACUCACCAUAGACUACGUGAGGAUGGGAACUGCUGGCGUGGAGUUCCUCUUAGGAGCGCUGGUGGCGUGGUGGGGCAAAGGGAAGAGAAACCGAGCCAUCUCCGGUUGGCUGGGGCUAACCGCAGCUGCAGGGCUUCUGGUUCUCGCCUUCCCUUUCGCUGAGACCAAUCCUGUUAGCAUGGGUCUAUGUCGACAAGAAGCGGAGGUCAACUAUACUGGUGAUAAAAAUCUCGCAGCUCGAACCACGUUCCUGAUCAUCACCAUCAUACUGUGUGGGCUCACAAAGAUCAGCAUUUGGACACAUGGACUGACAUACUUGGAUGACCACAACCCUGCUCAUGGUCCCGAGUUCUACGGUGGUUUGAUCACUGCCCGUCUCACCCUGGGAUUGGACGGAGCUGGUAUACUGGAGAAAGACACCCAAGGAGAAGACUGGUGGCAGAAUCAGCUGAUCCUCACCAUGGUGGCCUUGUUCGCCUGUUUUGUCUUCAACCUCUUUCCCGAAAGGAUGCAGUCUAAAGAAAUGGAUGUUAUAGAGAACUCAACUAUUGACACUGGACUAUUCCCGACUCUGAAGAGACUGAUCACCAACAAAGUAUUAAUUCUGCAAACGAUAGCGAUGUCCUGCUGGAGCACCGCCAUACUGGUUUUCGCUGCUUACGAAAUACCCUAUGCUCAGGGUCGUUAUAACGUGGAGGCUACCAAAAACUCAGACGUAAGGAGUACGGGCGACCCGCUCGGUAUGUUCAGAACUGCAAUCAUGAUUAUGUUUUUAAUGAUCAUCAGGAUCAACAGUUCAAAUAGAACAGAAGCUUUGACUACAAAGUCAGCAGCAGUCCUGGCGUUGAAGGCUUCUGUGUUUGUGACCAUCUUCUUAAGUAUUAUAACAUUUACUAGUUGCGACACUGGAAUCAUGAAAGGCUUGGAAUCUGGCUCCUAUGAACAACCUUCUUGCAGCUCUUCUUGUGGAUGUACAUCCGAGCGUUACGGUUUCCACCCCGUCUGUAUGUUGGAAACGAGGGAAACUUACUUCUCCCCGUGCCACGCUGGAUGCAACCGAAUCGGGGAUCUCAAUGGAAUCUCAAUGUAUUACGACUGCGGAUGCAGCGCGGGCGCACAGAACGCAGUGCGUGGCUCGUGCAUGCUGCAAUCUUGUCUAGUCCAGUACGCCUCCUUCCUGCUUCUGUUCGUUAUAAUGUUGGCAAUCUCAGGAGCUGGUUUCAUAAUGCAAGGUAUGGUGAUACUACGUUCAGUGCGACCGGUAGACAAGGCGACGGCCAUGGGAGCCAGCAUAUCUGUGGUGUCACUUCUAUCCUUCGUUAUAGGACACUUUAUAUACAUGAUUGUCAGUCAAAUGACAUGUGUAUAUUCUUCGAACGGAGAAUGUCUGCUGCAUAGCAACUCGAUAUGGUACAUGAGUGCAAUCAGCGUGGCGCUAGCAAUUCUGUCAGGAGCUGGUAGCUUCAUCGUCAGCAAGAUGAGAGCCGACAAUGGUGACAACGAGAUCUGUGAAUUGUAAAUUUAAGUGUAGAUUAAUUUUGGAAUUGGUUGGAACAAGGCUUAAAAGUUUAAUAAUAAGACCCUUCUAUUUUAAAGUAAACUUUCACUUAAAUAAAGACACAAAUUUUCAAAAAAAAAAACAAUAGCUUGUGUCAAUGACUUAUUUUUAUUAAAUAUCGAAAGUUUUGUGAUAAAAUUCUAUAGAUUACCGCCAUCUAGUAACAGACACAAGAGCUAAUUAAAGUAAAUGUUUUCGAUUUUACAUUUAGAACGUUAGAACGUAAACAAUUAUAUCCAUGCCUUAGGAGGUAAAAAUCUAGUACCAAAUCUCGCAUUUAACUCCUAAAUUAAUAGCAUUUAGGAAUUAAGCUAUAGCAAAUAUAAACAUAAUGAUAUUAUAUGUGAUAGAUGUAUUGAGUACAAUGAGGUUAAACUAGUCAAUAAAAUUGUUUAAUAAAUUAUGUAAGUGUUAGAUAGAUAAAGUCCUAUAAUUGCAUGGUAGAAAAUAGAUUUUGUUUAUUUAUGUGCAAUAUUUUGGUCUACUAACGCCAUCUAGUGGUGUUGAGUUAAGUAUAACAUUUUGUUUUAUUAUUUUUGAUUUUAUUUUGUUGUUACAUAAAUCACAAUACAUAAUGACUAAUGAAGGAUUAUGAUAAUUGAAAUUUUUACAUUGAUAAGAUUUUUUAACGAAGAAAUGGUAAUGACUAAUGACCAAAAUAUUGUUACAACAAUUAUUAUUUUGUAUGUUUGUUUACAUUGUUUUAUAAAAACAAUACCUUAAUCGUCAUACUUUCUCCUGCUUACAGAGUUCUGCAGGUGCUAAGUCAUGACAUUUUUUAAGUUCAUAUUGAAUUAUUAUUAUUAUAAAUAAAAAGUAAUUAACCUACAUAUUUAUAAUAUGUAUGGCAUAUAGAAAAUAAUAAAAUAGACUUAUUUAAGAUAUGAUACAUUAAGAACAAAAUGUUAUUUAUUUUACAAUAAUCAAAAUAUUUUUGGAAUAUAAUAUAACGUUUUUCAUUUAAUGAUGAUGCUUUAUGCCUUUACUUAUUUUAAGACUAGACUGCAGAUUUUUG